AGAAGGACAAAAAGACAGAGCAGGAGGGGGGUGUUGAGAGUUUAGUGAGUGAGAGUCAAAGUGAAUCUGAAUCUGAGAGUGCAGUGAGUGAUGUGAGUCUAGAUGACAGUGAUUUUGAUGAGAGGUGGGACUGGAGGACAGUUUUAGAGGUUGAAGGAGAUGAGAGGCAUCCAGAUAGUACCUCAGAGGAAGAUGAUGAUGCAUUUGUCAAUGAAGUAGAUUUUGACAAUGAAGAUGGUUCAUCUGAUGAGUUGGAAUCUCCACCAGACACAGAUGAUGAGCAUUACCAACCACAGAAGAAGUACCCAAGAUUCAAGUUGGGUCCAGAAGGCACAGAAGUAAAAUUUGAAGUUGGUCAGAAAUUUGAAGCAUCUCAAGUAUUUAAGACAGCCAUCAGAGAAUAUGCUCUUCAGAGGAGGAAGAAUUUGAUAAUUGAGAAGAGUGAUAGUAAGAGAGUGGUUGUCAAGUGUGAGGGAGAGUGCACAUUCUACUGCAGGUUGUCCAAGUAUAAGCAGAAUAACUUCUAGCAGAUUGUGAGUCUUGUAGAUGAACACACAUGCUAUAGGACAGCAAAGAAUAGACAUGCCAGGCCACAAAUCCUUGCUAAGAAGUUGCUUCCAACUAUAAGACAUAAUCCUGGAUUGAAAUGCAAGUCAGUGAUAGCUGAGGGGCAGAUAAGGUGGGGUGUUGUCCUUAAUAGGUUUCAAGCAUCCAGAGUUAAGGCAGCUGCAAAGAAGAUGAUUGAUGGGGCAGAAAAGGACCAAUACACUAAUCUCAGGAGCUAUGCUGAUGAGCUUCUUAGAAGCAAUCCACAAAGCACAGUCAUCAUCAAGAGCUCUCUUGGAGCAAAUGGUCCUGUUUUUGAAAGGAUGUAUGUUUGUUUUGCUGCUUGCAGGCUGGCAUUUGCACAUCAUUGUAGGCCACUGAUUGGACUGGAUGGCUGUUUUCUGAAAGGUGUGUAUGGAGGGCAGCUCCUUUCAGCUGUUGGAAAGGAUGGGAACAACCAGAUGUUCCCCAUUGCAUUUGCCAUUGUUGAAGCUGAGACCAGAGACUCCUGGGAGUGGUUUGUAGCUUUAUUGCUUGAAGACCUGAACUUGGUAAAGCAACAGAGAUGGGCAUUUAUUUCAGAUCAACAGAAGGGUCUAGUUCCCACUUUACAGUCAUUAGCAGGUGAUGUGGAGCAUAGGGUUUGUGUGAAACAUGUGUAUGGUAAUUGGAGGAAGAAAUACCCAGGAAUGGAAAUGAAAGGUGCUUUGUGGGCUGCUGCAAGAGCAUGCACUGUUCCACAAUUUGAUAGGGCUAUGGAGAAGCUGAAGGAGAUGAAUGAACAAGCAUGGAUGGACCUCUGUCAGAUACCUGUCAAGCAAUGGUCAAGGGCCCAUUUUAGCACUAAUUCUCUGUGUGACCUACAAGUGAACAAUAUGUGUGAGGCUUUCAACAUGGCCAUUCUAGAACAUAGAGACAAGCCAAUCAUUUCACUGGUUGAAGGAUUGAAGCGCUAUAUCACCUCUAGGAUUGUGAAGCAAAGACAAUUAAUGAUGAAAUAUAGAGGGAAUAUAGCUCCUAUGAUUCAACAAAAAUUAGAGGAUAACAAGAGAGAAGCAGAAAGUUGGCAUCCUAAAUGGAAUGGGGACACCGAAUACUCUAAAUUUGAGGUUUCAAGUGGUCCAUUUUUGAAGUAUGGUGUGGAGAUCAAAGACAGCCAUUGUGCUUGCAGAAAAUGGGACUUGACAGGAGGGAUACAUUUCUAG